AGUGAUUUUGACUGACAGACAUCAGUGAGAAACAUGGCCAGUCAAGAUACAGGACAAAUAUUAAAGUACUUCAUAGGAAUCAUCAUGGCUGUCCUGCUGACCUGUGAAUGUGGAAUGCGGAAUGCAUAUGCAAAUGCAUAUUCUGAUUUCCCAGAAACAAAUAUCGAGUUACAGUUUAGCUACAUAGAUGGGCAACUGCAUCAUAGAAGACCAAGAAGCACAGAUCUAUUGGAAUACUUUGCGGUUGUGGAAAUGAAUGUAUCCCAAGCUGUGGUGAUUGAACAGAUCAAAACAUCAUUGGCCUUUGUCAUGUUUCCUUUUCAAAUGGACAACAGUACUGAAAUUACUUCUGCAAACAUUACAACAGUGUGCCAACCAAAUGUGUCUGAAUACCAGUGCAUAUGUGAAGAUGGUUAUGCAUGGUCAUACAACAACUGCCAGGCAUAUGAGGCAUGUGGCGACAUCAGUUUUGGCUCAUGUGGAUGUAUCAGUCAUAUUCCCAGUGAUGGAGAAAUGUGUGUGCUGGAGAACGAACUGCCCUUCACAGACAUCUUCUCUGAAAUUGAGUUGGAAUCAACAAGCAUCUCUGUGAUCGAUGAGAUGAGGCGAUAUCUGCAGAACAUCACUUUUCCACUUCAAUUAGAUGAGGUGGUUGAAGUAUUAGAUGUGGACAUCACGACAGUGUGCAAUUUCAAUGACAGUGGAUACAAGUGUGUAUGUGAGGACCAGUAUUUCUGGCCGUGUGAUAAAUGCAAAGAAUAUGGGAGCUGUGACAGCAUCAGUAACAACACAUGCAGCUGCAUCAAUGAUAUUCCAAGUGACAGACAGUUCUGUCAAAGAGUCAACGAGAUAACAACUGAUAACAUAACAUGUGCGCAACCAGCAACAGUACCACCACCAGCUACACCAUCAACAGAAUCACCAUCAUCAUCAACAGUAACACAAUCGACAUCUAUGCCAUCAACAGCAACAGUAACACAAUCAACAUCUAUGCCAUCACCAUCAACAGAAUCACCAUCAUCAUCAACACAAUCAACAGAAUCAUCAUCAACAGUAACACAAUCGACAUCUAUAAUCACCAUCAUCAGCAAUGCCAUCACCAUCAACACUAACACCAUCAACAGAAUCACCAUCAUCAUCAACAGUAACACCAUCAAGAGAAUCACCAUCAUCAGUAACGCAAUCGACAUCUAUGCCAUCACCAUCAACAGAGUCAACAGCAACACAAUUAACAUAUGCACCAUCAUCAACAGAAUCAACAUCAUCAUCAAAAGCACUGCCAUCACCAUCAACAGUAACACAAUCGACAUCUACGCCAUCUCCAACAACAGAAUCACCAUCAUCAUCAUCAACACAACACAAUCAACAUCUACACCAUCAACAGAAUCACCAUCAUCAUCAACAGCAACACAAUCAAGAUAUACACCAUCAUCAGAAGUGCCAUCACCAUCAACGCUAACACCAUCAACAGAAUCAACAUCAUCAUCAACAGCAAUGCCGGCAUCAUCAACAGAAUCAUCAUCAACAGCAACACCACCAACGCCAACACCAUCAACAGAAUCACCAUCAUCAUCAACAGCAACGCCAUCACCAUCAAUGCUAACACCAUCAACUAAAUCACUAUCAUCAUCAUCAACAGCAACACAAUCAAAAUCUACACCAUCAACAGAAUCACCAUCAUCAUCAACAGCAACACAAUCAAGAUAUACACCAUCAUCAGAAGUGCCAUCACCAUCAACGCUAACACCAUCAACAGAAUCAACAUCAUCAUCAACAGCAAUGCCGGCAUCAUCAACAGAAUCAUCAUCAACAGCAACACCACCAACGCCAACACCAUCAACAGAAUCACCAUCAUCAUCAACAGCAACGCCAUCACCAUCAAUGCUAACACCAUCAACUAAAUCACUAUCAUCAUCAUCAACAGCAACACAAUCAAAAUCUACACCAUCAACAGAAUCACCAUCAUCAUCAAAAGCAAUGCCAUCACCAUCAACAGAAUCAUCAUCAACAGAAUCACAAUCAACAGCAACACAAUCAACAUCUACACCAUCACAACCAACAGCAGCACAAUCAACAUCUGCACCGUCACACGAUCAAACACAUUCAAACUCAACACAAUCAAAAUAUACGCCAUCAACACCAUCAAACUCAACACAAUCAACAUAUACGCCAUCAACACCAUCAAUCUCAACACAGUCAACAUAUAUGCCAUCAACACCAUCAAAAUCAUCCCUCAGCGACAGCAUCCGCACAGACAGUCUUACUGACCGUAAUAGCAUGACUUACAAAGUUUUAUCUGGACACAUUGAGUCAGCAAUUAACACAAGUUAUUCUAAUAAGCUAACUGGCUACAAGGUUGGUUCUGCUAAAGUCACUGGCUUCAGGCCUGGUAGUGUUAUAGCAGACUACACAAUAAGUGCAACAUCCAACAGCCUUGAUUUUGAAGCAGCAAACACACUGGUUUCUGACUCUCUAAGAACACAAGGAUUAAUUUUAGCUAAAGAUGAUUUUACUCUAAGUGAUGAUGAGGUUGUGGGACAAGACAGCAUCUGA